AACCAGCAUGGCGACGGAAAAGCUUUGCUCCUCUCAGCUGCUUAUGAGCUAACGGUAGUAUUAGGUUAUCACCUUUACGUUUUUAUUUAUCGUACAGCGCUAAAAUGUUUACAGUUAAGUACACGGUAGUUUCUGGAUGUAUCCGAGGUCUGCCGCCGCUGCCUCAGAAUAUCUCUGAGGAAAAUGGGAUACGCUGAGUGCAACUUUAUCAUGGAGUCGAGAACAGGGAGUGUAUCGUCUGGACUGGGGACGAGCCCUGGUAUGAGAGGACACACAUCGAAAAGUAGCCCUUUCUGCCCUCCCUCCUCCAGCAAGUUGACACAGUCCAUCGUUAAAGACCACAUGGUGUCUCAUUACAAAAAGGUUUACUCAGCUAAAGCUGCCAUUGAUGCCUCAGUACCCAAAAGCUUGAUACACAGUGUAAAGUACAAUGACCAGAUCAGACAGGAGCGGUUGAGGAAAGGGGUUCGUCCUCAGUCAGCCCACUCUCUGUCACAGAGGAACAGCAGAGCCUCCUGCUCUUCCGCCCAGAGUAGAUUAUCCAUGCAGUAUGGCGACAGCCUCUACCACUGCUCAAGAAGUUCCACUGUCUCCAGCCCAGGGUUCAGCUCCUCCUUUCACGUAAAGGAGAUAGUUUAUCCUUCAUGUACAGUCAGUUCACAGAACCAGCUUCAUCACACUCGCCCUGCAUCAGAAAUAAAUUACCGGAGCCCAGAGGCAACUUCACGCAGAAAGCAUUCAGCCUUUUCAGUGGUAGCUUCUGGAGAUCAAAGUUGCUACAAGACUUUUCAGGACCCUGUUCAGAAGACAUACAGCGGAGACUUGAUCCAGAAACAUUCGCAGCACUUUACCCAAGACAAACCUUUCACCCCUAAGACCCUGAAAUCAGAUAAGAGUUCAUACCUGUCAAAUUAUCGCUACUACCGAGCACCACGGAGGAAAACUACUCAGGAUUGCACUCAGUCACGAUUGAUGCGACAGGAGACAUAUCAUGGAAGCACAAAAACCAAAGGAUACACACAGGAAUUGUAUGAGCCAUCUCAGGGAUUUAAUACAGAGCAUGAGUGGUCUGAGGAGGAGUUUAAUGGCACAUAUUUCUCUGCAUCAAGACAACACAGUCGAGCAAACAAGAGCAGAAACCGUGACUUUUUUGACUCCUCAUUCAGGGUCUCACCAGAAGGCAGGAAAACUCCCUUUAUGAAGAAUGUAUCUGCAGAGGAGGAAGAAUUAAUGUACCUCGAAUUCAUUUCUGCUGUAACAGAGGAUAUAUUGUCCAGAGGGCAUAUCUCUGAUAGGGUCCUGGACCGGGUCAUAAAGCGCCAUAUUGAAAUGAAUCGGCAUCAGCUUGAUGAGGGAAAAAUGCGCCACCUUCUGGAAGUUCUGCGUAAAGAUUUUGAAGAGCCGAGCAACAUAUCCACCUGCAGUACAGAGCUCGAAAAAAAGGAAAAUGGUCAGCUUGAUGCAUUCCUACCCGAUCUGGAUUCAGGAGGGAAACAAGUGAAGACCAAAGAAAGCAAUGACCAGUUCCCUUAUGCAUCUCUAAUUAAAUACUGCGAUUCACCAGAUUAUGCUGAUCCCCUAUUAGUGUCUACACCCAUAUGCUCUCCUGAAAGGACUGAUUCACCAACUAAAACAAAUGAAAUGGAGGGAGAAGAUGACAAUCUAGAAAAGAGUAUUAGCUCUCCUCAGCUCAGUGAGCAUAUUUCCAAUAAUAAUGCAGGAAUCAGUGAAGAGGACUUCCGUCAAAAUGAAAUAGGCACAACUGUGACAAAUGAAGUCGGCAAUGAAAACCAUGAAUCUAUAACCAGUGACACAGGGUUUCAUCAAGACCAAGCUGAGGGCAGUUCUGAUGGACAGUCUAAAGAGCUUGAGGAUCUGGAGAAAAGUUUGUCAGAGUCGCUUCAUGUGUCCAGCAAUACACACAGCGACAAUGCAGAGACCACUGAGCAACAAACAAAUACUGUUGCUAAUGUCAGUGAUGAUGAGUUCUGAGUUUUACUGUUUUCAGGGACUAAGUUUCCUUGAAUGUGUUUUUCUUACCAAGAGUGUUUUUCCAGAGAGAAAUUUAAUAUGAGCUUUCUAAAAGUAUAGUUUUGUAAAUGUGAUUAACACUGGUUCAAUGUUUUUAAACCUCUACCAAUGUGGUGUUGUAGUUCUAUUUUGCUUUUUUAUCUUUUUACAAAAGCAUAAUGAAAAUUUUACAUACGCAAACAAGGUUUUGCAGACUUGAAUGUUUCAUUUGGGAUAUUGUAAAUUGGGCACAUCCUUCAGACAUAGUUGUUGAGAUCCAAAUGACCUCCAGAGUAAUAAACUACACUUUCUAAAUGAUUGCGCCCUGGCAACCAGUAUGGUUUGCAAAUUUGCAAAUGAUAGUCCGUAGCACUGCACUAAUGUCAGAUGUGUGGAAUUAGUGUGGUGUCCUUUAGUUUUAGUGGAUUGCAGUGUGCCCAGAGUGUGCCCAGUCAGUCUUCAGUAUGAUGUAGUUGCAGUUUACAUUUUCCGAUUUCUAGAAAAAACAAUUCUGUUAUAAAGAAAUGUGUUUGACCUGACAUAUGCCUCUGACAUGUAGCUACUAGGAGUUGACUGUCACCAGAAAGUGUCUUUUACAAUUGCAAUAAAUUUUAUAUUCUGCUUCUUGCA